GGUUUUAAUUAAUCGUUUCUCAAUCCUCUAUUAUGGCAUCCUAUCUCGUCACAGGCAGCGCCCGAGGAAUCGGGUUCGAAAUUGUCCGGCAAUUAGCAGCCAAACCGGACAAUGAGGUUAAAACUAUAUUUGCAACCUCACGGACAGAGAAUACACGUCUCAAAGAGCUGACACAACAGUAUCCUGGUCGGGUCAUCUUUGUUCCUAUCACCGUUGGGGACGAGAUCAGCAUACGGAAUGCCGUGCCUAGUAUCGAGACCGCCCUUGCCGACAAAGGGGUGAAUGGGCUGGAUGUCCUCAUCAAUAACGCGGGUAUCGUCGGCUGGACUCAUGCGACGGAAAUGUCAAUGGCUGACUUGAGUGACGUUUUCCAUAUCAAUGUUACCGGAGUGCAUAUGAUGAUCCAGGCCUUCCUACCGCUCCUACGCAAGGGUGAUCAGAAAAAGGUCAUUAAUAUUUCUAGUUCUGUCGGCUCGAUCGCGCGACAGCCAAUUUACAAGAGCCUCCCUUCUGCCUCUUACAAGGUCACCAAGGCCGCCUUGAAUAUGUUGACUGUGGUAUGGGCGCAGGAACUAAGUGAGGAGGGAUUUACCGUCCUAUGUCAGAAUCCAGGGUGGUUGAAGACAGAUGAGGCCAACUCCCAUGCCGAUCUUCCCGUCGGGACCGGCGUGGAGAAAGUAUUAGAGAAUGCCAAGAAGGUUGGGCAGGAGGGCAAUGGGCGAUUCUUGAAUAUUCAUGUGCCGGGUUGGGAGAAGAAUCCAGGCUUGCAUCAGUAUGACGGCAAGGAUCUGCCAUGGUAAGAUCCAAUUAUGUUAGUAAACUGGGCAUGAAUACACUCACAAUCGCUUUGUAUACAUCGUAAUCCAUGCUAUACGAUGCCGGUCUCUAUUAGUAGAGUAGUAUCGAUGUACUCUGGUAAACCUAGCCCAGUACUGGAUGGCUGGCAUCGGGCCGGCGAAUGAUCCGGAUACGCUCGGCUAAACUUGCCGUGAAUUUCCCGAUAAACUGUACAUUUAAAGAAUUAUUUUCCUUCUGC